CUGGUUAUCAUGUAUCAGUUUUUGUCAUGUAUUAUAGUUUUGUUGGGUACUCAUUAUGUUUUCAAAGUAUAGAUGAUAAAAGGAUUACGUAAGAGAGCGCUUGAGAGAGUUUUUGGUAGACAUUCUGGAGGCAACGCACAUGGCUCUACGUCAGGCCGCAUCGCUGCUACACAUGACGGGCCGCCACAGGACACAGGACGAGGAGAUGCUCCACCUGAUGCGGAGACACUCGUUGAUCCUGCCCAGCAUGCAGAGAUGCCGCCGUCGCCUCCUCAGGCUGCAGAUGUAUUGGAGGAGCGCCGAUAUGAGCCAUAUAGCGCAGCUGUAGAAGCUGCGCCACUACCGCCGGAUUCUAUUCCGGAUCAGCGAGCCCACGACCCGGCCAAGGUGAAGGAGGAUUGGGAUGCUUAUCAUGAUUUGCGACUUAUCGCACAGCAGAGGUAUGAACAAGCAAGGCGUAGAUGCCUCGAAUUGAAAGGUACCGAGCGACCUACUAGGCGCGCCCGCAGUAGUACCAAGCCACAGAACCUCGUCCCAGAUAUUCGUCGGAGGGCCGUGAUCCGAUGGCAGAACGGCGUGCCUGUCGGGCCAUUUGCUAACUCUUUCAACAAUUUCCUCGCCGCUUUAGCCAGGAGACAUGAUUUCUUCAACAUAUAUUUGACGUGGAAGUCGCAGCGGAUUGAUGCGCUG